GAAAACAUUGGCACCCCAUAUAACUAAAAGAGGUAGAACUGCUACAAUAUGUAACCAUACACAAGUGUGUAAUUAUACAUAUAAGAAUAGCUCAUUUUAAACAUUAUAAAGUCCUCAGGGGAGAAACGGUUUGUAAACCCUGUUUCUAUCAAACCUCAUUACCUGGUUAGGGUAAGGCUUUCAAUGAAAGUACACCUAGGGAAAUAUUCAUGGUCAAAAGUUUGGAUGUUUUUAUUUUUGGAAAGGGUCUCUGCAAUAAGAACAUGAAAGAUGAUGAAAAAUAUCAAAAAGGAGAAGUUCAGAUCAUCUCUUUCGUUUCUUUUGAUAGUUAAUUUCCUCUGACCUAGUGAUUACAAAGACCAUAAGAAAGAUGGGUUUGUAUUUCCUUCUCUUUGCACCUUUUUAUGUCUCUCAUAGAACUCACCCUGGCUGCACUGAGUAGCAAUUCAGUUCAGAAUCUGACUGUGACAAAACAAACAAACAAACAAACAAACAAACAAACAAAAAACAUGAUAACAAUAAUUAACCACUAUUCAGCAGUUUUAAUGAACAUGGUGUAUUUAACAUGAUUUACAAUUUCUUGAUAAUAAAUCACAAGAAAGAAAAAAUGGAUUUGUGUCAUCAAAAUACAAGAAGAUAAAUAAUAAAUAAUGAAUAAAUAAAACACAGCUUGUCAGACAGUAUUAUCUUAAACACUUCAUUAUAAUGAUUUUAUGGAGGACUGUGCCUAUCUGGUGUGACACAGGCCCUGUCUUAACAUAUUUUCUUUUCAACCAUUUUAAAUUGUCUGUCAUUCCUAGCAAAUUCUAUUGAAAAAUAAAUGUAGUUUAUUUAAUUUCUGCUUAAUUAUCACAGUCUUUUUUGUGUGUGUUUUAGUGUGUUGAUAUAAAAAGUGUUUUUAAGGGAAGAAGAAAAACAGUUCCGUAGUGGAAGACAAAUAUAUACAGUAGAGUACAAUAGUACAUGUAUGACUUUUAAACCCAACCUAGUUUGCUGUGCCUUCUGUUAGUUUAAAUGGUUUCUUGCAGGGAGCCUCAUGCAACAGGUAGGUCAGGAACCUGAUGCACAGCAUUUUAUUAUGUUACAUUAUAUUAAUUUGCAUUACAUAUCAUUACUGAUCGUUAAGGUCAAUAUUUCUCUUCUGUUUUAAAGAGCGGUCUGCGCAGAGCCAUGUCUGACUCCGAGACUAUUGAACUUGCUGGGCUUGGUCGACCAUUCCAGUUAGGAAUGCUGUAUGACUGUCGUAGAGAUGUUCUCAUUCCAGGAAUCACACUGUGGGACUCUGAGAUGCUGCAGAAGAACAUUGACAUUUGUCCACAGCCAAACACUGACUUCAAAAUCAUUGCAUCAGAUUCAUGUGAGGAUAAGGCAGAUGCCCUGAAUGUGACAGCAUCUCUUGAAGCUAGCUUUCUCUGUGGGUUAGUCAGUGUAAAAGGGUCAGCUGAGUUUCUGAGCAACAAGAAGACAUCAAAGCAUCAGUCUCGAGUAACCCUGCAAUACCAUGCCACUACCCGCUUUGAGCAACUAACCAUGGACCAUUUAGGAACAGGCAACCUUAAACACUGCAAUGUAUUACAGGAGGGCUCUGCAACACACGUAGUGACUGCCCUGCUGUAUGGUGCUCAGGCCUUUUUUGUCUUUGAUAGGGAAAUUUCAAAAAAUGAAAACCAUCAAGAAAUACAAGGUAACCUACAGGCUGCCAUCAAAAAAAUCCCACUCAUCUCAGUUGAAGGACAAGCAUCCUUGAAAAUGAGUGAGGCUGAGCAGAAACAAACUGAAAUGUUUAGCUGUACUUUUCAUGGAGAUUUUGCCUUAGAAAGCAACCCUGUUUCUUUUCAAGAUGCAAUCAGCAUCUAUGGACAGCUUCCACGCUUACUGGGGGAGAAAGGAGAGAAUGCAGUUCCCAUAACUGUGUGGCUGUAUCCCCUGAAGAAACUGGACUCCUUAGCUGCUCAGCUGGUCAGGGAGAUAAGCAUCUCCCUGGUUUGUCAAUGUCGCCGUAUCUUUGAUGAACUGGAUGAUGUAGACAUGCAGUGUCAAGAUUUGAUGAAAGCUGAUAUGGCCAUUAUGUUCCCUGAUAUUAAGGCCAAGGUAAGAAAAUUCAAAGAACUGUGCUCAGAGUACAAAAUGGUGUUCCAAAGGCAGCUGUGCCAGCUUCUUCCUGCCAUACGUGGUGGAGGAAAAGAGGAAGCAGAGCUGAUCAUUGCUCUAAGAAGUAAGAAACAGUCUCCUUUCCGGAAUGACAUGAUGAUUUCAUAUCUUCAGGACAGAGAACGAGAAAUAAAUGUCCUUAGAUCCUACCUAGACCUCAUGAAAGACAUACCUGUGGUUUCUAGCAGCAGUGAACUGGACAGAGUGGUGCUCAGUCCAGCCAGUGAAUUUGUAGUGUCCUUUGUGUUCUCAUCUAUAACAGAGGAUGACAAAUAUCUUGCAAAGCUGGAGAACUACCUGAGGGAGGAAUUCAAAAGCAAGGAUUCCAACCCGCCUACUGAGUUCAGUGUUGCAGACAGAGAACAGCAGUGGUUUCACUCUGGAGAGGUGACCACACAAGCAAGGCAAGACGUUCGCCUUUUCCUAGACUUCAAGGAAUCCAACAGAGAGCGGGAAAACAUUCAGUUCUGUAUUGCAUCAGUUCCUAACAAACUCAUUACCGGUGCAUCAAUCCAUGUGUAUGAGAAUGGGACACUACUGAGCUCUCAAUUUCAGCUUCCCUCCAAACCAGAAAUUCCAACAGUUUUAAGUGUACAGCACGAAAGUGUCCUUUUAAAACUGCAUCCACCAGCCUUUGGAAUAAGCAACAUUAAUUCAUAUCUUGUUUUAUAUCAAGGAAAAGGAGAGUCUGAGUGGACUAAUUUUGUUACUAAAGGAAGUUCUACUGAAGUUAAAGUUAGCUCACUGAAACCAAACAAAGAAUAUCGAUUUUGCUGCAAGGCUGUUUGCAGACCCGGGGUGAGUCCUGUGAGCCAAGAGACUGAUUUCUUUAAGACCCGUCCAUGUGGCCCUCCUGGUGCUCCCAUGAAGAAAAGUGUGACAUCUGAGAGCAUUGCUGUGACCUGGGACAUUCCAACUUCUGCUGGAGAUGAUGCUGAAGUCAUCGGGUAUGUUUUAGAAUUCAGGGAGUGCGCAAAAGGUGAGGGGAAAAGUGAACCAUGGGAGUCUGUGCAGGCCACGUAUAGGGAGUGCACUCUGCUGGGAUUAAAGACAGACACUACCUAUUCCAUCAGGGUCUCAGCCAACUGUGGCAAGGCAGGGAAGAGUCUACCCAGUGCUGAAACAAUACUAUCCACCUCCAGAUCAUCUGAAUCUCGGCCUGAAGGGAAAGAGCAAAAGCAGGCAAGGAGUGAACAGUUUCUAGAGCAGACUUAUCAGCUGGAGAAAGGCAACCCCUCCAUUCAUGUUCUUGAACUGCGAGAGAAAUUUGCAGAGAAUGUGAGAUUUAAGCAGUUCGUAUUUGGAAAAAAAGUUGAAAAGAUUAACAAUAAAGUGAUAUUGAUAAUGGGAUCAACAGGGGCAGGAAAAACAACCCUUAUUAAUAUGAUGAUCAAUUACAUACUGGGGAUAAAGUGGGAGGAUAACUAUCGCUUCAAACUGAUUCAUGAAAUAACAAACCUAUCACAGGCAAACAGCCAAACCACUGUGGUCACAUCAUAUGAGCUCUACAACCAGCCUGGUUUUCAAAUCCCUUACUCCCUGACCAUUAUAGACACCCCAGGCUUUGGAGAUACACGAGGACUGUCAUACGACAAACAGAUCAUAGAGCAACUGAAGAGCUUAAUCUGCGACCCUUUAGGAAUAGACCACAUUGAUGCUGUCUGCUUUGUUGUUCAGGCUGCUCUUGUUCGGCUCAGUGCAAACCAGAAAUACAUCUUUGACUCCAUACUCUCCAUUUUUGGCAAAGACAUUGCGGAGAACAUACUGAUACUUGUGACUUUUGCAGAUGGAAAAAACAUCCCAGCGUUAGAAGCCAUUCAGGCAGCAGAGCUGCCCUGUAAGACAAAUAAAAAGGGUGUGCCUAUGCAUUUUAAGUUCAACAACUCAGUCCUGUAUGCAUCAAACAGAAAUGCACAUAGCAAUAAUGGGGAAUCGGACGACGACAGUGAUGAUGAUGAUGAUGAUGAUGAUGAGGAAAAAUUAAAGAAGAUUGUCUGGACAACAACUGUCAAGCAAAUGAAGUCAUUUUUUAAGGCUCUUGGAGACGUUAAUACUAAAGAUCUCUCUAUGACUAAAAGAGUCUUGGAGGAAAGAGAUCGUUUAGAGAAUGCCAUGUCCAGGUUAACCCCUCAGAUCACAGCUGGUCUCUCAAAACUGAACGAGAUCAAAACCUUCAAAAAGUGUCUGGAACAGGAGGGUGAAAUCAUGGAGCAGAACCAACAUUUUGAAACUGAAGUAGAGGUGCUUGUUGCCAAAAGAAGCACGGUCAAUUUCACUGCCACAAAUUGCAACAAGUGCUUUUUUACAUGUCACUCUGGAUGUUUUCUCCCAGAGGAAGAUAAUAUCCGCAAUUGUGCAGUUAUGGAUGAUGAUGGAUUCUGCAUUGUCUGUCCAAGUAAAUGUAGUUACAUGGAACAUGCAAUGGAGAAAGCUAUAUAUAAUUAUGAAACGAAGAUUGAAAAAAAAACCAUAGAAGAACUGAAGGACAAUUUUAUGAAGGCCCAGGGAAAAUUUAUGAAUACCAAACAAAUGCUACAGCAACUUGAGGAUGACUUCCAUUUGAUAGAAGACAGGCUGAAGUAUCUCAUAACACUUUCAUCUAACUGCCUCAAAAGGCUCAAUGACAUUGCCCUGAAGCCAACCUCACUCUCCACAGCUGAAUACAUUGAAAUACUUAUCAAGACAGAAGAGAGUGAGCAAAAACCUGGCUUUGAAGAUCGCAUUAUUGGACUCAAGAAAAUGAAAUAUGAGUCUGAAAUCUUGGAAAAGAUUGCAAGAGGGGAGAACGUGCUGCCACAUGAACGUCGCAUGAUAAAGGAGAAACAGAUGAGAAUGAAAAAGAUAUAUGAAAAAGUCAAAGCAAUGCAGAAAGUGGUCAUGGCUUUGCAAGGCAGCAAAGAGAAAAACCUAAGUAAAGAUUAGGGUGAAGAAUUUGGAUGCUAAAUUCAUGGAAAGAAUGGAAAGUGUGUAAUGUUGGACAGAAAAAUGCACUGUUGUAAUCUGAAACUGAGAUGAAUUUGCAUGUGUUUCUGAGAUCAACUCAACAAUUUCAAAUGAUCAAAUACUGUUUUCUUUCUAGAGUCAUAAUAAUGUUUUCAGAAGGUUUAAUGUGUUUUCAGUCAAGUCAGCCUUGGUCUCCACGGCAAAGUAGGUUUAGAUAACUCAGUCAAACAGAUAUAAUUGAACUAAAUGAAUAAAAACGAAACAAAACAAAACAAAACAAAACAAAAAACAAAGUUUAGAAAAGUCUCAGAAAGUUUUAGAAAAGACUGGGGGCCUCAGUAUCAAUGGGCCUUCACCUUAUUAAUCAUAAAAUUGACAGAUUGAAGAAGAUUUCAGUUUAAAUUCAAAAGAAUGCACAUAAGCUUGGCAAGAGAAAAGAUACACAUCAGGAGUUUCAUAAAGACCAUAAUCUUUUCAGACAGAAAACACAACAUCUUGUAAUGGUAUAUUGUAAUGCUGAGCAGAAGCAUCCUUUUCAAAAUCUGAAAGUUGUGUAUGUUUGUUAAUGACGUCUGAAUAAUAUCAUUCCAAUCAUACAUGUCAUGUGUAUAUACAUCCAUAAAACAUGUUAACCUCAUUAAUUUCUCUAUUACAUGUAUACUGUUAUCAGCAAGAACAUUUUGUUCGUUUCUUUGUUUGUUUGUUUUUUGCUUAAUGGUUCAGUACAUUGGGUGCAUAAUAGAUGGUUAAUGAUGUUUAUGGUGUGCUCUGUGAAAUUAUUUCAAAUGUCUCCCCAAAUAUUGUACCAUCAAAAUUUAACAUCUACAUUUCAAUUUGAAAUACUAUGGAAAGUUAAGAAACAUUAAUAAAUGUGUUUGAAAAUUAA